AAUCAAGAAGUGUUACGGAGAUCCGACAGCUAAAAAGAAGCGUACAGAGCAAACGCUAAUGCAGCAAGCUCAAGUCCCCGGUGAAACUUGCACUACGUACAUCGAGGAAGUGCUUAAUUUGUGCAAGGCCCUGGACCCUCAGAUGCCAGAAGAGGACAAAGUUGGUCAUCUUCUAAAAGGGAUCGCUGAGGACGUGUACCAGUUCCUCAUAGGAAAAGACCGUCUGGAGUCCGUAAGGGACGUCGUUCUGCACUGCCGUACAUUUGAAGCACUCAAAGCUCGGCGUAUCACGCCGAAGUUCGGCCGCCUGGCCAACGUGACUAACGUCGCCAGUGUUGACGUCGUCCCAGCUCCAUCCGACCUCGCCUCAGUGAUUCGGCAAGUAAUGCGCGAAGAGCUUGACCGACGCCAGGCGGUUUCCCUCUCGACUCCUCGGGUUCGAGAGCCUUUCUCUUUCGGCGACUUCGGUGAGACGUCCAUUACCGCCGCCUCCGUAGAUGCCUGCAACUUCGCACCUCGUCCAGGAGUGCCAAGCCCUACUACGAGCACGCAUCCCAGUUACCAGUUCCACAACGGUUACUCACGCAGACCGCCUGCAGUUUCUCAAGAGUGGGAUGGCCGUGCCAGUUAUCCUCCUACUGACAAUUUCAGUGCGUGCCGUGAACGUCCCAUCUGGUUCCAAUGCGGCAUUCGCGGCCACUCGAAGAGCUGUUGCGUCUCUGUGCUUGGCAGUUUCGCCACGCGACCCCGUAUCACCCGCAGACAAAUGGUCUCGUCGAGCGCACUAACAGAACUUUGACCAACAUGCUUUCGAUGUACGUCAAUUCAAGGCACAAAAAUUGGGAUGACAUCUUGCCUUUUAUCACAUACACCUACAACACUGCAAAGCCUGAAACUACGGGCUACAGCCCUUUCUAUCUUCUUUAUGUGAGACCACCCCGCAGCUUUCUUGACACCAUAUUCUACCUUUUACUCCUCAUGCGGACUCUUCUAUCGCCCAGACUCUCUGCCGCGCUGAGGAAGCACGCCGCAUAGCUCAUCUCCGUACGUUGGCGUCCCAGGACCGCUCCAAGGUCAGAUACGAUUCACGACACAAGAAUGUGUCGUACGACAAAAGGGACAUGGUAUGGCUUUGGACACCAGUUCGCAAACGCGGCCUGUGCCAGAAGUUUCUGGCUCGUUACACCGGGCCUUUCGUCAUCACUGAUUGCCUAAGUGAUGUGACUUAUUCCAUUGCUCGUCUCGUGCCUAAUGGCUACCGGUCUAAGAAGACGUAGCUUGUUCACGUAGCCCGCCUGAAACG